UUAAACCACGCACUUUGGUGUUCUUAAACCCAUUCCCACUACUGAAUUUCAGACCCGAAGACUCAGCGCAGAACAAAAUCCUUUCACAUCCCGUUGAUUAUUUCCAUACCUAUCGGCUCAGUUAGGGGUUAAUGCCACAGGAUGCGGCCGGAGUUUCCUUUGUACGGGCAGGGCGAUGGUUUGGGGGGGGUGUCGGCGCAGAACGAACGCGCCCCCGCCGCCCGCGCGGGGCAGGGGGUGCCCGCGGCUCCCGAGUACCUCUCGGGGCGGGGAAGCGCGGGGUGUUCUGUGCAUGCGUGUGCGGGCAGCGGGGCCGGGGCGAGCGGCCGCUCCCGCACGGCGGCCCCAGCCCCGCAGCCCCGCCGCCCGCCCCCUCCCGGCCCCGCGCCCGGGCGGGCGCUGCCCCUGCGCGGCCGGGGGAAGGCGGCUCCCGCCGGGCCCAGCGCGGCGGCGGAUGGCGGGGGGGCCGCGCCCGGCGGGGGCCGGCGGGGGCGCCCGCUGAGCGGCGGCGGCGGCGAUGCCGAGGGGCCCGGCGCGGCGGGGCGCGCCCGCGGGGCCAUGAGGGCGGGCUCCGGCCAUGGCCCAUGGCAGCGCGGCGGUCAUGCUGAAGUGCGUGGUGGUGGGGGACGGCGCCGUGGGCAAGACGUGCCUGCUGAUGAGCUACGCCAACGACGCCUUCCCCGAGGAGUACGUGCCCACCGUGUUCGACCACUACGCAGUCAGCGUCACCGUCGGGGGCAAGCAGUACCUGCUGGGGCUGUACGACACCGCCGGCCAGUGGUAAACCCUGCUUCAUUUCAAAAUGUGAAGGAAGAGUGGGUACCGGAGUUGAAGGAAUAUGCACCUAAUGUUCCCUUUUUACUAGUAGGAACACAGAUUGAUCUUCGUGAUGACCCAAAAACUCUGGCAAGACUGAAUGAUAUGAAAGAGAAGCCCAUAUCUGUGGAGCAAGGACAGAAGUUAGCAAAAGAGAUAGGAGCCUACUGCUAUGUGGAGUGUUCAGCUUUAACACAGAAAGGACUGAAGACCGUUUUUGAUGAAGCUAUUAUAGCCAUUCUAACUCCAAAGAAACACACAGUGAAGAAGAGAAUAGGCUCAAGAUGCAUAAACUGCUGUUUGAUCACGUGAGAAACAUUUGACAAUGGCCAGGCUUACUGUGAAAUUCUACUGAUUUUAAAUACAAUGCAUUAAGUCCAUAGCGAACUUGUUACAGGUUUGAAAGCUGAACCUACGAUUCUGCCUUCUACAACCAGUGAAAUCCAGAGGAAUAAAAUCAAAGUCAACAAACUUGUAAUAAGAAGCCACCACACCUGUUACAAAUAUUUUAUUCAGACUGGAAGGUACAAUCUCUCAGGGUUACAUAGUCUAGAGGAAGCAAAAACUGCACCAUGCUGAAACGGCAUCUAUGUGAUUUUAAUGAGUGGAGAUGCUUGGCCUGAAAUACUCUAACUGAAUUUGGACAGUCUUCUGCUUUGACUAUAUAUAUAUAUAUAUAUAUCUAUCUUAAAAAAAACAACUUUUGCACAGUCUGUAUGGAAUCUGCACAAAGAAAUACCUUGUCUCUCUUUGCUCCAGUUAUCUGCUUUUGUAUGUAAGCUGCUUCCGGUUCCAGUGUAUCCACAGAGGUGCAAUAAUCAGACCAGCCAUAUAGCCAAAGGUAGCUCCGAGGGAACAGGAAAUGGGCCAUACCUGAGGGGAGAACACAAGGUAAAAGCAGACAAUGGUGAAAAUGUCUGUGGUUUUUUUGUACUUUGUGAGCACAAAAUCUAGGUACUGAAAGACAGUAGUCUUAUUCUACUUUAAAGCUUGAUGUGCUUUCCUAAAAAUGCCAAAAGCUUAACAAUCAUCAUGAACACUACAUGCUGUUGUACAGUUUUUAAUUAAGAUGCAUUAAAAUGUAAAGGCUUCUGGCUCUUGCAGACUUAGUUUGACAGUCCUGAAAUUCUGUGGAAAAAAAAUCCUUAGAAGUAUUUAUAUCCCCUGAAGUGUUCAACUAACCUAACUUCCUGUUCUGCUGCAUACAUUUGGAAACCUACACCUCUUACAGUGUUUUGAAAUUUUUAGAGGUGUGUAUAAAUGAACUAGUAUUCAAACAAGGGCAGAGACUGAAAUGGAUAGAGGUUUGUUGGCUUCUUUUUUCUUGAUGAAUUUCCCUCUGGCUCUAAAUUUGGAAACUGAGCAUCCUGCACCCCGUUCAGCAAACAUGUAAUAAACUGGUUAUGUUAAAGAGAGCUUUAAUUAUAAGCUCUAUUUUCUAGUAUAAGAACCAGGGAGCUGACUCAAUAAAGCUGACUCACUUUCACAAACCAUCUUGUACUGAGGCAGAGUAGUAAUGGAAUUCUCCCCCUGCCCUUUUUUUUUUUUCUAUUGGUAUUGAUUUGCAGGGAGGAGUGGCCAAACCAAGACUUAACCAUUCUGUCCUCAGAUCUAGCUUAUAUUACUAGUCCACUACAUACUGCAUCCGAUGAAAGUCUCAACUAAGUAAGUGAUUAAAAUAUUUAUUGUAGAAUGAACAAAUUCCCAUCCCUCUUCAAAAUUCUCCUUUGCAUACUUCUUUUUAUUUUGUAAGGACAGUUUUGAAAUUCCUGCUGUACAGUGCAUAUUCCUGAACUAAGAACAGACUGGACUCUCCCAUUCUUUUAUUUUUUUAAAUUAAGGGGGCUAUUUCCCCCUUCUGUAGUACUUGAGACUAAGAAAUGCAUUAGACAUUAGAGAAAAUAUCCCAAUCUCUGAGUCCAGACUUUUUUUCUACUUCACUUUAACUUGCAAUUCAUGAAUGUCAAAUGAAGUUACUCUUAACGCUGUUGGUUCCUCCUUUCAUUUUUCUAGCUCUGAUUCUUUACUUCAUUAUCAUGUAAAAGAAUAUAUUUAUUCAAAACUUCUGAUCAUAGGAAUUUUAACUAUGAAUAAGAGUAAUGUAUUUUGUCCUCUGCUCUUUCAUCUUCAGUCUCCUCAGCUGUUUCAUCUUCACAUUCCUUAGCAUUUACAGUUUUAUAUGUUAUUUGGAGGUCUUAAGGAGUGUAGCAAAGAUGAUUAUUAAACAAGGUGCCUUAGGUACUCUUUAUUGACCUUGUUUCAUUCUUCCAUUUUCAGACAUGCUGUCUCUGCUACUUGUUUUUGUUGCUGAGUAUUUCGGCUAUUGCCUCUCAAACCAAAGAUCUGCUUGUUUUCAUUCAUUUAACAGUGGUAUUGUGUAUUGUAGAUCAUCUAUAAAAAGCCUUGAGAUGCUUUGGCAUGGUAAGAUACUAUGUGUAUUUGAAACUCACCUAAGUUUGUGGCCUUGGCUAAACUUACACUUCAGGUGGAUCUUUUCAACUUCUAAAUGAAAUGUAAUUAUUUCUAGCAUUUUGCAUAUUACACACAUCUACAGGACAAAACAAUAAAGUCCCUGCAACCCCAGCUGCUCACUCAGUAACAUUCAGGUGGAACACAACUCAUACUUACUUAUCCACUGAUGAAGUCAAACACCACUCUAAUAUCCACAGAACUAUGGAGAGAGGCUUCUUAACUUGGUGGUCUUUUUACAUCAAAUUCUCUGAGUGAUCAACGAUCCUUCAUUAAAUUUUUACCUACAUUAGGUGAAUUUAUAGUUGCCUGUUUGCUUUUCACAAGUAUAGGUAGGUAAUGGACUUUGAAUUGACCAUGUUCCCUUAACUAAAAAGUCAGUAUCCCUGAUGACCCAUUGACCCUGUAUAUUUUGGUAUUUUGUGUAUAGUGGGUGAUUAUUGGUACGAUUAAAAGAAUCUCUCAUGAUUGUUGUAACUUCUUUUACCUGACUGAACUGCAACUUGGGACAUGAUUUUUCAAUAGUUAUGUGAUUUUUAAUAUUAAUUAUGCCUCUGUCUUUCUUCUAAGACAUUCAAUUUUUUCUUUGCUUUUUAAAAGUCAUAGUUACCUUACAGAAGUUUCAGGCUGUCUCACUUAACAUGUGAGUCUCUGACCUCUGAACUCUCACCAAUGGCAGGUGGCAAAGACAGGGGACAAAGAGAAGAAACCAUAAAACACUCCAUCUCCCUGUCUAAGAAUAAGACAGAAAAAAUAACACCACCUCAUCCCUUCUAGUGGCAUAGAACAGUGGGGUACUGGGCCAGGUACUUGUUCUCAGUCUGCUGUUCAGAUGGCCCAAAGCAGUUCUGAAGGCAGUUUGAUUGUCCUUUUGAAUUAAAAGCCUGGACUUAAGAGCAUUGCUGUCCUCAUGCUAUUUUCUCUAAUCCUAAAGACAGUGCAAAACCUCCUAACAAACAGGUAAUAAUACUAGUUUUGCACCUUUUAUUCUUGACUGCUGGCCUUUAGGCUACAUAUAGCCAGAGGCACCCAUGAGUAUAUCUAAAGCAGCAAGUUAUCAAAGACAGAUGAAGAUAUGGCUCUUGAGCUCAUCAGCUGCACUAAAAUAACAGCCCUUGCAUAUGCUUUUUGUCUGCCUAAGAAAGUGGGUUGCUUUUUUCUAUGAAAGUGGGUUGCUUUAUUUUGUAUUAGCUGCUGGCCUCAUUUUUUGAGACCCAAUCACUUUCUGCUGGACCUUUUUAAAUGACUUUGACUUACUUGAUCGGUCUGCUUUUGCCCUAUCUUUCAUAUUAUCUCAAACUUGAUUUAACUUCCCUGACUUGGUAUGAACUGCCUGUAAGUGAUAGAAAUCUAAGCAGCUAAUAUCUGUGUGCAUGUUCCAAGAGAUUCCACUCCACUUGUUUAAAGUAUGCAACUUGUAAUACACCCCCCUCAUCCCCUGAGAACUUUUCAGCUCAAUUUCUCCUAUUUCAUGCUCCCUUCUGCCUUGAGGAAGCUGGCAUAUCCUACCCCAGUACUGAUGCCAUGUCUAGGCUGGGUCAGCAGCAGGGGAAUAAGAUGUUAGGCAACAUGACCUAGCUGCACUUUUUUUGAGGGGGAAGAAGGCUGAUCUGGAGAGAAAAGUGUGGGGGUUGCAAGAGACAGGACAGAAUAUUUUUCAUGAAACUGUCAUGAAAUGCUUUGUCUGUCCCAGCAGCUGGGAAGCAUCAUCUACCAUUCUCAAAGCCUAAUACAAGAAAAGUCAGUUUACAUAUCAAAGGCAUGAUGAAAAGGGCAAUUUUAACAACCUGUAAUGAUUACUAGGAAUCUGAACAACAGCUUGGCAAAACCAAAUCUUAACAAGAACAAAAAAUGCAUUUUAAGGGACAGAGCGUGAGAGUUAAUGCAAAAUGAUUUUGACUUCUGCUAUUUGUUUUUCUUUUUGCCUUUUCAUCUGACAGCAGUGUUAGAACUUCACAGUGAUUUCUUUAGGCUGGCUAAAUAGACACUGCAGAACUGCAAGGUUUUCAGAAUAUAUUAGAACUCAUUUUAAGAAUAAGGACUCAAAAUAGGAAUUACCUCCCCUUCAGGACACAAAUGAGCUAGUUUCCUCAGCGCUCUUUAGAACACCUAAGAUUCUAUGAUGUGAGAAUGCUUAGCAUAUUGCAUGGAAAGCAGAGCAUGUUGCAGAUCCCAGCACGGUAUCUAGCUCUGCUGCACUGUGCAUGUAGUGAGUUAAACCAGAAUUCUGACUGCAUGACAAUUUUGUCAUCUAUUACAAGUCUGUAACUUGCAUCCCAUCCAAGGGGAAUUACACAGGCAUUGAUAAGGACGUAAAGGCCAGAUUCUUGUAGACCAGAGGAACAACACCCUAUUAAAGUUUUUAAAGAUACUAUACAGUAAGCAGCUGACUGCUGGAACUUUCAUUAUACAUAUGCAAAUACAGUGGGGCAAUCUACUGUACUUACUUUUCUUUUUAGUAAACUUAGAGUGCUUUUCUCAUAUUCCUAAACUUGAUUUUUUGUAUGCUUACUGUUUCAAAAGACUAAUUUCUGACUGUCAUUUAGAAAGCUAUGUAAUAAUUUUUGUUUCAUUUUAAAACUGAAUAAAUGAGCACAAUUACUUUCCCUCCCUGUUUCUAACAUGCCUUAAAUUCCUGAUUGUUUAGUCUGUACUGUCUUAAAUCAGUACAUGCCUUUAAUCUAUUUUGGUUGCAUGCACAUGUUAACUAAAAGUGUCUUAUCACAUUGUACAGAAUGUGUGUGUUGACAAGAACACACUGAGAAGAAAGUGUGAGGUUUUUUUCAGGCUGGCAUUUGUAACUAGAAGUUGGUUUCAUGGAUUUGUGUUCUAAAGUUAUAGCAAGCAUAACUGCCUUUGAUCUCACCAUUAAGGUUUACACUGAGAAAACACAUUAUUAAAUAAACAAUGAUAACCACACUAAAGUGGAACAAGCUUCUACCUCUGUUUAAAACAACUCCAACUGCAUAUUAUCCCUUCUUCUCACAUUAAGCAACUUCUUUUACAACACAGCUUUCCCAGUAGGUAGUAAAUCCAAAAAGAAAUACAAGAAGGAAACUCUCAGAGCGGUGUUAAGAAGAACCAAAGUAGUGUGAAAGCUUAUAGUCCUACUUCAGCUUACUUGAGUAAGCACCAAGAACUGUACCCAAGACUCUGCAGAUUAUUUUUCAGGGUACGAGUGUCUGAGAGGUAUCCAAGGCUAAUAUUUAGAGUCAUAUUGGCUAAAUUACAGGUCAGUCAGUCAGCUCUAGUGAGUUAUAUCAGCACUACCUGUUAUGUUUGCAGUAUCCAGUAUAAAGUGGGAAUAUAGCAAUUUUACUUCUACCCAAUGAUAACACUGUAGGCAGAAGUCAUUGUUUUGAAGUCACUUUUUAUCAUUAGUAACAAGUACUGCAGAUAAAAAUUACGCUGUAAAAAACAGCUGGGUGGGCAUGCGUACAGCAAACACAGAGACAUGUUUUAAAGGUUUGAUAGCAAAACGUGCAAUAAACCCAGGAACUCCACAGUAUGCAAAAUCCAGUUGUCAGUGAUGAAUACCAUGUCUGGAAUAUCGGUUCCACCACAUACAGAGCGUGCUGAUAAAGUUUUGGUCUUUAACUAUACCAUCUUGUUCUGCAACUAAAUUACCUCAGGCUGAGUAGAGAAAGGAUGCGUCUAGUAACACCUAAAUCGCCCCCUUCUGUUUCAGUGGUGGUGUCCUUUAAGGUUCCAAUCCUCAGGUGGCACAGGAAGCCAGGAUCCUAAUCACACGUGGUUAUUAAAAGUACACCAUCAACUUGAAAUAGGCAAUCUGAAAAAACUGAGCAACUGUAACAAGGGAAGUUAUUUUCUAUUUCUUUUCUAGAACUCUCCAAACUAACUGUAACCCUUACAUACCUGCUGUGCAUCAGGGGGAUAGAGGCAAUUAGAGAGAGAUGUACAACUCUUCAAAAGUUGAACACUGUCUAGAAUAGCCUUAUUUAAAUGAUCAUAAUUAGGUGUUGCAAACUAUUUUAAAAAUUGUUUAAAAAACACUGGCAAAACUAUUCUCCCAGUCUAACUGAAACAUGUCUGGCAGAGUAAGUCUCAAAAAGUUGGUUUUUUUUUAUUUAAUACAGAAAUGUAACUACUGGAGGACUAACCUGCAUUCCUAUAAAGCAAUUAUCUUUACCUUUGUCUGAGAUAGGCUGAAUUCUGCAGACCUAUAACCAGGAACAACCAUAGACUAGGCCUCCCUGACCAACUGUUUUGCAGUUGCAAAAUAAAUUUUUCUUAAAACUAGCAGAGGAGCAAUAUGCAUGGCCAGAUUAUGUUGAAAAGUUGCUUUAAGAACAACAACAGAAUAAUAAAAACCAAUGAGUCAUCAAGAUAUCAACUGGCUUUCAGCAAUAUAUUUUAUACUUCUAACAGAAAUGCUUAAGAUAUUUUUCAUGUCCAUUCUGAAACAUUAUUCGGAUAACUGGUGUUAUUUUAUUUCCAAAACAAUACUCUGUUCCUAAUAAGCAAUAUUUACUUAGCAUAAAAGUUGUUAUAUGCUAAAAAAAUGCAUUUUACAUUAUUAUUUUUAAAUGUAGACAGGCCCACUAAUCUGAAUAUCCCCUGUACGCGUUAUUUUUCAAACAUAACAUGGAAAAAUAAAGUGAAGAUUUUCUGAGA